CGGAACUCAGCUAGAGUUAGCAAAAACACUAGAGGCAGCUUAGGCAGGCUGGCAGGCAGAAGCUUAGCGCCAUGACGUCGACCCCGUCGCAAUCCCGGCUGAGUCCAUUGCUAACUCUAAGACUACUACUUCUCCUUGCAGCAGCAGCAACCCAGCGGUUGAUCCUGCAGGGCGGUGCUGGUGCUGAAGAGCAGGAGCAGCAGCGUCGACCCAUCACGCUUGAGGGUUGCCAGGCCAUGUGUGGCAACAUCAGCAUCCCCUUCCCGUUCGGCAUAAAGCCUGGAUGCUUCGUCAAGGGCUUCCAGGUCACCUGCAACGACUCAUUCGACCCACCUCGCGUCUUCCUCUUCUACAACAGGACGGCAGUAACAUACUGCUACAACGAGAUGGGCGAGGGCGCGUACUCGGCGGGCAUGUUGGAACCGACGCUGAAGAGGAGGUGGGAAGCACCGGUGGAACUCAUGGACAUAUCGAUUGCCAAGAGCGAGGCACGGGCGUACGGACUAGUGAGAUCCGACUGCAGCACGAAUGCGCUCGACCACCUGCUGAAGCUUCAGGUUACGUGGCUGCGUGAGCCAUUCUACCUGUCGGAGAAGCGCAACGUUCUCAGCAGUGUCGGCUUCGGUGUCGAAGCUAGGAUGGGCAGCGACUUACUGGGCUCGACGAGCUACGAUACGACAUGCUAUUCAACAGUCGGCCCUACCUGCGAGGUCGCCUUUUCAAAAGGAAGCAUCCUCACCUCGUUUGGUGUGACAUUCGAACCAGAGAAUAACACUUUUUGGGAAAAUUCUCCCUGCUCCUACGGCAUGGUGGUGGAGAGCUCGUGGUACAACUUCUCUGAGGAGGACAGGCGCGGCUACGAGGUGCUAUCCAACAAGUACUCGAGGGGUGUCCCCGUGGUGCUCGAUUUCGCCUUUAGGGAUGGUUCAUGUCCGUAUGCGGACGGCUCUGUCCGUCCAGGCUACAGGUGCGUCAACGGCAACAGCUCCUGUGUCAAUGCAACCAGUGCCGAAGGCUAUUUCUGCAAGUGCUGGGAACAUUAUGAUGGCAACCCUUAUAUUCCUAAUGGAUGCCAAGACAUCAACGAGUGCGAGCUCCGGGAACAAAAUACCGAUCUCCGUGAUUUGUAUCCUUGUGAUGGGAUCUGUAAGAACAGGCUGGGAGGCUAUGACUGUAGAUGCAAACCCGGAAUGAAAGGGGACGCCAUAAAAGGAACAUGUACGGAGAAAUUCCCCCUAGCAGCAAAGGUGGUUGUGG